AUGGCGGCGGAGAAGGAGGCGAGCCAGGAGAGCGCCUUGGGCGCGUACUCGCCGGUGGACUACAUGAGCAUCACGAGCUUCCCGCGGCUGCCGGAGGACGAGCCGGCUCCUGCCGUCCCGCUGCGCUGCCGAAAGGACGAGGACGCGUUCUUGGGGGACCCAGACACAGAUCCUGACUCUUUCCUGAAGUCUGCCCGGCUACAGCAACUACCCUCAUCCUCUUCGGAGAUGGGCAGCCAGGAUGGGUCACCUCUAAGGGAGACCAGCAAGGAUCCCUUUGCGGCUGCAGCAGAGUGUUCGUGCCGCCAAGAUGGACUCACAGUCAUCGUCACAGCCUGUCUCACUUUUGCCACUGGGGUGACAGUGGCCCUUGUCAUGCAGAUUUACUUUGGGGAUCCCCAGAUCUUCCACCAGGGAGCAGUUGUCACAGAUGCUGCCCAUUGCACGGCGCUAGGCAUCGAGGUACUGAGUAAAGGUGGCUCUUCUGUGGAUGCCGCUGUGGCUGCUGCCCUGUGUGCUGGCAUUGUGGCUCCUCACAGCUCUGGUCUGGGUGGGGGAGGAGUGAUGCUUGUCCACGACAUCCGGAGGAAUGAGAGCCGCCUGAUUGACUUCCGGGAGACUGCUCCUGGUGCCCUUCGGGAGGAAGCCCUGCAAAGAUUCUGGGAGACCAAGCCCGGUCUCCUUGUGGGGAUCCCAGGAAUGGCCAAGGGGCUGUAUGAAGCUCAUCAACUCUAUGGAAGGCUGCCCUGGUCCAAGGUUCUGGCAUUCGCCUCAGCUGUAGCUCAGGAUGGCUUCAAUGUGACCCAUGAUCUUGCCCAGGCUAUCCUAGAACAACCUGUUCCCAAUGCUUCCGAGCGUUUCCGGGAGAUCUUCUUUCCUGAAGGCCGGCCGCUGGUACCUGGCACCUUUGUGCGGAGGCCAGACCUGGCCGCCGUUCUGUCUUCUCUGGGUUCUGCAGGGGCCGUAGCUUUUUAUGGGGGUGGCAACCUCACCCAGGAGAUGGUGUCAGAGGUGCAGCACCAUGGUGGAGUCUUGACCGAGGAGGAUUUCAGUAACUACAGUGUAUUAGUGGAGAAGCCUGUGCGUGGCGUGUACCGAGGUCACUUGGUGCUCAGCCCCCCACCCCCUCAUACGGGACCUGCCCUCAUUGCUGCCCUGAACAUCCUAGAGGGCUUCAACCUUACCAGCUUGGUGUCCAGGGAGCAGGCUCUGCACUGGGUAGCUGAGACCCUGAAGAUUGCUCUGGCCUUGGCUAGCAGACUGGGAGAUCCCUUCUAUGAUUCAACCAUCUCUGAGAGCACAGAAGACAUGCUCAGUGAGGAAGAGUCUGGGAUCCUGCUAAACAGNCAGAUGCUGGACUUCUCCUGGCCCAAUAAAACUGCAAACCACUCAGCACCCAGCCUGGAGAAUGCCAUUCAUCCUGGGAAAAGACCACUGUCCUUCCUGCUGCCCACGGUGGUGAGGCCAGCUGAAGGACUUUGCGGGACUUACCUGGCACUGGGGGCCAAUGGUGCUGCCCGAGGACUUAGCAGCCUCACCCAGGUCCUGGUGAAUGUGCUGACAAUGAACAGAAAUCUCAGUGACAGUCUGUCCCUAGGGCGCCUCCACCCUGAGCUCCAAUCCAACAUCCUCCAGGUGGACAGUGAAUUCACAGAGGAAGAGGUUGAGUUCUUGGAAGCUAGGGGCCAUCGGGUUGAGAAGGUAGACGUUCUGUCCUGGGUCCAUGGAGGUCGGAGAACCAACAAUUUCAUCAUUGGGGUGAAGGACCCUCGAAGCCCUGAUGGAGCGGGUGCCACCAUCUUGUAGGGCUGGGUGGGUGGGGCAGGGGCAGGCGCUGCAGCACAAAAUACCCCUUUGCAUGUUCCAAGAGCCCCUUGGAGCCCUGCCUUCCCCUGGGCAAGGGAGGGAGGGGGGACAGGCACAGAGUGGGUCUGAAGACCAGAGGCUCCAAAUUGGUGCCUUCGAGCUCUGCCCAGGGCCUGGGGACCAGAGGAGAUUUAAAACUCAAUUCCAGAAUAACUGACAAAUUCCACAGUGGAUGGGAGUGGCCUGACACACCUCGGGCAAGAAGACCAGAAGAAUGGUUCUGCCUCCUUCCAAUACUUCCCACUCCUGAGAGGCUUAGGGAAAUGCUUGCUUGAAAACAAAAAACAAAAAACCCACCCAGGUGGCCCUAACUAUCCUUCCUUCCACCGGCCCUCAGCAUCUUUCCCCUUCCCUCUCCUCAGUCUCAUUUCUUAAAUGACUUUUUUUUUUCUUUAAACUGACCAUCCAGAAGCAAGGGGCCCUCUUUCUCCUUCUCUCUGUCCCAGAAGUAGUGAGGAUCUGAGGGAGAGGUGCAGGGAGAA